CCUAUUUUAUUGCAAAUUUCGGAAUAUCAAUUUGAAAAACAAAUUGUCAACUGGAAGUACGAACCAUGGUAUAAAACUUGGCAGUAUCAUUUUUUCGAAGCAUAUACUAUUCUAAAUAAUAAUAAAAAUGGAUGAAGUUGCAAAGCUUGAACAUUUAUCAUUAGUGUCAAAAAUUUGUACAGAAUUAGAAAAUCAUUUAGGAUUAAAUGACAAAGAUUUAGCUGAAUUCAUAAUUCAUUUGGCAGAGAAAAAUAAUACAUUUGAUAAAUUUAAGAAGGUUCUUAUAGAAAAUGGAGCAGAAUUUUCGGAAUCUUUUAUGGCUAAUUUGUUAAGAAUAAUACAGCAUAUGAAGCCAACUAAAUCUCAGGAAAAGUUAUCAAAAUCUACAACAAAACAAGAUGAGUUAGCUCAAAAAUUCCCUGUUUUAGCUCUACCAAAUGAAGAGCCAAAAACAGUAGAUGAUAUAGUCAGUAGUGCUAUGGCAAGUUUAGAGGAAUUAGCACCAUCAAAAAAAUCUAGCAAACAGGAUAGCAAAAAGGAUGAUCAAUCAAAUGAUAAUAAUGAUAAAAAAAAUAAACAUUCUAAAAGAAGUAGAUCAAAAGAUAGAAGAAGACAUAAAUCACGUUCACCAUAUCGUAAAGAUAGAAAACACAAAUCCAGAUCUAGAUCCCGUUCAAAAUCACGAGAUCGAUCAAGAUCUAGAGACAGAAGACGUCAUAGAUCUCGAGAUCGUAAGAGGUCUAGAUCGAGAGAUAGAAAAUUUCAUAGGGAUAGAUAUUCUAAUAAAUCUGAUCGAUCUAGAUCACGAUCUAUAGAAGAACUUUCCAUGGAUCCAGAAGUUGGUAAAAUUUAUUCAGGAAAAGUAGCUAAUAUUGUACCUUUUGGUUGUUUCGUUCAAUUAGAAGGCUUGAAACGAAGAUGGGAAGGUUUGGUUCAUAUUUCACAAUUAAGAAGAGAGGGAAGAGUUGCGAGUGCGAGUGAUGUAGUAUCUAGAGGACAGAAAGUGCUCGUCAAAGUUCUCAAUAUAGGUGGACAAAAGGUUUCUUUAAGUAUGAAAGAUGUUGAUCAAGAAACUGGUAGAGAUUUGAAUCCUGUUGUGACUGUUACCAAAACCGAAGAAGAUGAAAAACAUUUAAGAAAUCCAGAUAGACCUACUUCUUUGUUAGAACUUCAGGGUAAUUGGGAUGAAGAUGAAACUUAUUCUAGGAAACGAGUGCAAAGAUUAUCAUCUCCAGAAAAAUGGGAAAUUAAACAAAUGCUUGCUGCUUCUUGUAUCGAUAGGAGUGAAUUGCCAGAAUUCGAUAUGGAAACUGGAAUUCUUCCACGCGAGGAUGAUGAAGAAGAAGAUGUUGAAAUAGAAUUAGUAGAAGAAGAACCGCCAUUUUUGCAUGGACAUGGAAGAGCUCUUGGAGAUUUAAGUCCUGUCCGUAUAGUAAAAAAUCCUGAUGGCUCUUUAGCACAAGCUGCAAUGAUGCAAAGUGCUUUAGCAAAAGAAAGAAGGGAACAAAAAAUGUUGCAAAGAGAACAAGAAAUGGAUUCUGUUCCAACAGGUCUUAAUAAAAAUUGGAUCGAUCCUUUACCUGAAGCUGAAAGCAGAACUUUAGCUGCAAACAUGCGCGGGAUUGGCCUUCAAACUCAAGAUCUUCCUGAGUGGAAAAAACACGUUAUAGGAGGGAAAAAAUCUUCCUUUGGCAAGAAAACAAAUUUAACUCUUCUUGAACAGCGUCAGAGUUUACCAAUAUAUAAACUCAGGGACGAUUUAGUUAAAGCUGUUACUGAUAAUCAAAUUUUGAUUGUAAUUGGUGAAACAGGAUCAGGAAAAACUACCCAAAUUACACAGUUUUUAGGUGAAGCAGGAUUUACUGCCCGUGGAAAGAUCGGUUGUACUCAACCUAGAAGAGUAGCAGCUAUGUCAGUUGCUAAAAGAGUGGCGGAAGAAUUUGGUUGCCGUUUAGGACAAGAAGUUGGUUAUACAAUUCGUUUUGAAGAUUGUACUGGACCAGAAACUAAUAUAAAGUAUAUGACUGAUGGUAUGUUGCUUCGAGAAUGUCUUAUGGAUCUCGAUUUAAAAACAUAUUCCGUAAUUAUGUUGGAUGAAGCACAUGAACGGACUAUUCAUACGGAUGUUCUUUUUGGAUUAUUAAAACAAGCUGUACGCCGUAGACCAGAUCUAAAAUUGAUUGUUACAAGUGCUACUUUGGAUGCUGUAAAGUUUUCUCAGUAUUUUUUUGAAGCACCCAUUUUCACUAUUCCUGGCAGAACAUUCGAAGUUGAAGUCAUGUAUACUAAAGAACCUGAAACAGAUUAUUUAGAUGCUGCACUAAUAACAGUAAUGCAAAUACAUUUAAGAGAACCUCCAGGAGACAUACUUCUAUUCCUGACUGGCCAAGAAGAAAUUGAUACAGCUUGCGAAAUUUUAUAUGAACGUAUGAAAUCUUUAGGUCCCGAUGUGCCUGAAUUAAUUAUUUUACCUGUAUAUUCGGCACUUCCUUCGGAGAUGCAGACCAGAAUAUUCGAGCCAGCUCCACCUGGUUCCAGAAAAGUAGUGAUAGCUACUAAUAUAGCGGAAACAAGUUUAACUAUUGAUGGAAUUUAUUAUGUAGUUGAUCCAGGAUUUGUUAAACAGAAAGUGUAUAAUUCUAAGACUGGAAUGGAUAGUCUUAUAGUAACACCAAUAAGUCAAGCAGCUGCAAAACAAAGAGCUGGUAGAGCUGGAAGAACUGGACCAGGAAAAUGUUAUAGACUUUACACAGAAAGAGCUUAUAGAGAUGAAAUGCUUCCGACGCCAGUUCCAGAAAUUCAACGUACUAACUUGGCAACCACAGUGUUGCAAUUAAAAACUAUGGGUAUCAAUGAUUUAUUACACUUUGAUUUUAUGGAUGCUCCACCUGUGGAGUCUCUUAUUAUGGCUUUAGAAUCUUUGCAUAGCUUAAGUGCAUUAGAUAAUGAAGGUUUAUUAACCAGAUUAGGCAGAAGAAUGGCAGAGUUUCCUCUAGAACCUAAUUUAUCCAAAAUGCUCAUCAUGAGUGUGCAUCUUCAAUGUUCUGAUGAAAUAUUAACUAUUGUCAGCAUGUUAUCUGUUCAAAAUGUCUUCUAUAGGCCAAAAGAUAAACAAGCUUUAGCAGAUCAAAAAAAGGCCAAAUUCAAUCAACCAGAAGGUGAUCAUUUAACUUUGUUAGCAGUUUAUAAUUCCUGGAGAAAUAACAAGUUUAGUAAUGCAUGGUGUUACGAAAAUUUUGUACAAAUUAGAACAUUAAAACGCGCUCAGGAUGUUCGAAAACAAUUAUUAGGUAUAAUGGAUAGACACAAAUUGGAUGUAGUAUCUGCUGGUAAGAACACUGUAAGAAUUCAGAAAGCUGUUUGUUCUGGUUUCUUUCGAAAUGCUGCGAAAAAAGAUCCUCAAGAAGGAUACAGAACUUUAGUAGAUAGUCAAGUUGUCUAUAUUCAUCCAAGUAGCGCAUUAUUUAAUAGACAACCAGAAUGGGUCAUUUAUCAUGAAUUGGUACAAACAACAAAAGAAUAUAUGAGAGAAGUGACAACUAUAGAUCCGAAAUGGUUAGUAGAGUUUGCUCCAGCAUUUUUCAAGUUUAGUGAUCCAACUAAAUUAAGUAAAUUCAAGAAAAAUCAAAGAUUAGAACCGCUUUAUAAUAAAUAUGAAGAACCGAAUGCUUGGCGAAUAUCAAGAGUUCGAAGAAGACGUAAUUAAUAUUUAUUAUAUAUAUAUUUGUAAAUAAUAUUUUGUACAGUCAUUAAUUAAGAAAUAACAUAUGAAUAAAUAUUCAUACAAAUA